AUGUCUGCCCCAAAUUACGAGGUUUCUCAUAAUUAUGGUACGAGGUUGCUGCCUCAAGCUCUAGAUGAAUUGGCGUCAUCGACUCCGCAUCGUCUCUAUGCCUCCAUCCCUAGAGAACGAGAUCUAUCUCAUGGGUUUCUCGAUGUCACCUGCGAAGACAUGGCUAGGUGUGUCAACUUCAUGGCCUCCUGGAUAACCAGUCGCCUUGAACCAAGCCAGGACUUCGAGACUUUAGCGUAUAUUGGAAUUCCGGACCUCAGGAGCGCAGCGAUCUUCCUGGGCGCAGUCAAAGCUGGCUUCAAGGUUUUACUCCCAUCUCCACGCAAUCCGUCGGCUACCAACCUCUCCCUACUGGGACAAACUGGAUGCACUAAGAUUUUGUACGCCGCCGAAGUCACCCCCAUUGUUAAGCAACUCAACGCAAUUAAUGAGAGUUUAACCAUUUUGGAAGUUCCAAGCUUCCAGGAUAUGUUCCAGAGCACUCCUUCAUCAUAUCCCUUUGGGAAAAUAUAUGAUCAAGUCAAGAAUGAUCCAAUCCUCAUCCUGCACUCGUCCGGAUCUACAGGUCUCCCAAAGCCAAUUACAAUGACCCAUGCAACUUUCGCGGUGUUGGACAACGAACGGAAUUUACCUAAGGUCCCUGGCCGCCGGAACAGGGACUAUUCAAUCUGGGAUUUUAAUGACGGCGGCCGGUUCUACACAGUCUUUCCAUAUUUCCACCUAGCAGGAUUUCUCUCCCUUCUCGUUAACCCGAUCUUCACAGAGGCAUCGAGCCCUGUUCUGGGUCCCCCUCUUAUGCCACCAAGUGGAUCACUUCUCAAGGACGUCAUGAGGCACCAAGAGUUGCGUGCACUUUAUCUGCCUCCAUCUAUCGCGGAGCAGUUUCUGCUCGAGCCUGGGGGAAUUGACUUUUUUAAAGAUCUGGACUUUCUUUGCUACACGGGCGGUCCUUUCUCUCCAUCCGCGGGAGAGCAACUAUCGAUGGUCACCGAGCUAUGUCCUCUGUACGGUUCUACGGAGGCUUUCCAGGUCCCACAGCUUGCCCCUUCCUCAGAAGACUGGGCCUGGAUGGAAUGGAAUCCCUAUUUUAAGGUUGAAAUGCAACCAUCCGAAGAUGAACAUGGGGCUUUUGAACUUGUUCUCUAUGCGGAUUCAUCAACGGAGAAGAUCUCGGCUCUCAACCAUAACAUGCCGGGCACCCCAAUUUACCGCACUAAGGAUCUCUUCAAGCAACACCCCGAAAAACCCCAACUGUGGCAGUAUUAUGGCCGUAGAGAUGACAUUAUUGUUCUCUCUAAUGGGGAGAAAUUUAAUCCGGUACCUGCAGAACUUCUGGUUCAGGGCCAUUCAGCAUUAGCUGGUGCGCUUGUUAUAGGUCAAGGCAGGACUCAUGCCACACUUUUGGUAGAGCCGAAACCUGACUUGGGCACCUUAGAGCGCGAAGGCCUUGUGGAUAGCAUCUGGCCUUUGGUGGAGAAAUCGAACUACCUUUUGCCUGGCCAAGGUCGCAUAUUACGUGCCAGUAUUCUCGCGGCCCACCCUGCGAAACCGUUUGUACGCGCUGGUAAGGGAACCAUCGUCAGAAAGCUCACAGAGAAACUAUAUUUGUCCGAGAUUGAGGCGCUGUAUGCAAAUAAGCCAAGUGCGCCAAUACGCAAGCUGCCCACGCUUAAGCCAGUUUUUGAGUCAAUGGCUAUCCAAGGCUUCAUUCAAGACAUCAUUGCUACCUCCUUCCCUGACUUUGGAAUUGUUGAACCUCAGGAAGACCUCUUUUCUCGAGGUCUCGAUUCGGUCAUGAUAACGGAGCUCCUCAGCACCCUCAAGGUCGGACUCCAGGAGAGUUCUACCGUUGGCGAUCUUUCAUGGCUUGAUGCCCGGGUUGUUUACCAGAAUUCUUCCAUUGAGGGCUUGUCUAGGAUACUGUACGACUUCCUCAAUGACGACAAGAUGCCCACUCUUGAUUCCGAAAAUUCCCGCUCUAUCAGAAUGGAGGAGUUGGUCCAACGGUACACUGAAGGCUUGAUGGAAGCCUCGAUUAGGAAGCCUAAGUCCAUAGGACCUCAUUCUGUUGCUCUUAUCGGAUCGACUGGCUAUCUAGGCCCGCGAAUUGCUGCUUCGCUGCUGUCCAAUCCAAAGAUAUCAUCCCUCUAUUGUCUAAAUCGCGGCUCAGACGCGAAGGACCGCACAAUAAAAGUAAUGCAGACACUGGAUGUGUAUCCCCAAGAUGCCUUCGAGAAGGCAAUAUUCCUAUCAGUCGACCUGGGCAGUUCUCGAUUGGGUAUGAGCGAUACUGAAUACCAGGAGCUAGCGUCAGAGGUUGACAUUAUCAUAUAUAAUUCCUGGAAACCAGAUUUCAGCACUCCUCUUCAAUCGUUCGAGAAACCGUUCCUCACCGGGCUUCGAUCUGUUAUCGACUGGAGUUACGAAAGCCCUAAGGCGCCACGAAUAUUGUUUAUCUCAUCUAUUGCCGCGGUUGGAAGUUGGUCGAAGGUUUACCCUGAUCAACCUGUCAUCCCCGAAGUUCCUAUUCAAGACUGCAAUGUAGCCAUGGGGAUGGGCUAUGGAGAAUCCAAAUGUGUAGCUGAACGAAUUCUCGGUGUUGCCAACCAGGUGGCAGGGAUCCCUGUGAGCAUCCUUCGUGUUGGGCAAAUAGGCGGACCUCUUGGUCUUGGGAAGUGGCCAGUACAGAAGUGGUUGCUCGCUAUCAUCAAAACCUCGAAGACCAUCAAAGCUUUGCCCGACCACGUCUCACCCGUAGACAGGAUCCCAGUGGAUGCGCUUUCAGAUGUGAUCAGUGACAUCGCGAGUGCGGGAGCGGUGUCUAACAUGUUUCAGAUAUUUAAUUUGACGCAUCCAGAUCCGGCACCAUGGAAGACCUUCCUGCAGACCCUGAUAAAUCGAUAUGGUCUCAAGGUUGAGAUUGUUAGCCUUCCGGAAUGGCUUGAUAAACUUGAUGGCGUCGUCAAGCUCGAUGGAAAAGACCGGGCAAAGCUUCCAGCACUUGCCUUGUACAACUUCUUUCGAUCUUUGGGAGAAGGUCUAGAAGACAUGAGAAGUGAUGUAAGGAAUAUGAAGAGUGUCUUAAGGAGGGGUAUGGAUAGCUUUACUGAGGAACUGUUAAUGGGUUGGCUUCAGGAUUGGGACUUGGAAGAUUUCCUGGAAGGCAUUAUCUGAACUUAGGGUUUUCACGAUUACAAGGAACGUCCUUUACAUAUGCACAUCAUUCGAGGGGUUUGUGACACCGCCGAAGUGGAUGGAUGAAGUUUGGCGGCUAUGAGCACCACUUACAUCUUUAGU